UGUAAAUGUUCUGAACAAGUUUUAACAUUAUUUCCAUAACGACUUAGUGAAGUUUAUUGGGAAGCUGCUUUUUCCCAGCAAAGUUAAAACAUCAAAGGCCUCAGCAGGUGUCACGGAGGACCAUGAUGCCUUCAUCUUGCAAAGGAAAGAAGAGAAAGUCGGCUGACAGUGUUGCAGUUUUGAAGACCCGGUCCAAACCAUCCAAAGUCACCUUCCUGAGCCCCUCUCUUGUAUUACUGGAAAUCCCAGCUGACACCAACACCAGCCUCCCAGUGUGGGAGGCCAUGAGAUCCCAGCUUGUUGACAUCGCCUGGACCGUCAACCCCUACAGCAUCAGUGUGAAUUUAACCCCUUUGACCGCUAAGCAGGGCAAGAUUACAACUUCCACCCAAACUGAAAGCACUUCCACCUUAGUGCCUCCUUCCACGACUGGGCAGGCUCAGAUGAUGAUUCAGGCUCUUUCCCUGCAGCAGGUCUUACUUUCUCUUUCCCAAAAUAGCACCCAAUUUCUGCCCAGCCCUCCAGGUCAACCACAGAACUCACCUUCAACCUCAACGCAGGCCAACUCCAUCAUCGUUUGCCUGCCUCUCUUCAUCACCUCACCUCAGCCUAGUCUCCACCAGACCAGCACCCUUAAUCAGACACAGGUCCUACCCUCCAUCCCGACCCUAAUACCCCCCGCCAAGCAGCAGGCCUUGUCCGUAGAGCCUCCCCCCUCUCUGUUCCACACAAAGAUCUCCUCUGACAUCCAGAUCUGUGACAAAUUCCUCCUAAAUUUGUGCCAGGCAGGGAGUAUGUGUAACAGGCACCACACUCCCUACCCGUUUCACUGGCAGCUGUGGUGUCUGGUCAGCCACAACUGGAUCGACAUUCCCCAUCGCUCUCAGGUCUCACUGGAGAGGCUCUACUGCGAUGUCAACCAGAGGGUCAUUUGCAUCAAGGAUGGGAAUGUCAAAUCCCAGUUGGACUUUACCUUCAUGGAUUUGGACGACUCAUGUAAAUAUGAUCAAGUUAGACGACUGACUAACUCUGACUGUCCGAUGUACCCAUUGUUGACCAGUAAGUGGAAAAUCUACUGGUUGGACCACUUCAUCUGGAGAGAAUACAGCCAGACUUUGUCCACCUUGCUACUGAAGAAGAUGAGCGAAAAGGAGCCAGAGUGCUCUUAUUUUAUCGGCUCACAGGAAUACAAGCUGGACUUCACUACCAUGGUCCAGAUCAAUGUCACCACAAAAUAUUUUAGAGAAGUUCGCUGCAGACCCGUCUACCGCUCCCCCGAUUCCAUGAAGCCUUACCUGAAGACAGGGAUCCAGAGUGACCCAGCUGAGCCUGUCAGUGAUCCUCCGGGGGCCGACUUGAGCGUGGACCCUCUGAAGGAGUUCAGCUCCUGGUAUCCUCCGGUGUGGCGUCUGGCCUCAGAGCAGGACUUCAGCCUGGUGGAGCUUCCUGCGGGCACAGCGGCCUAUCGGAGCGUCCAAAACUUCUUCCACGAGAGCCUGCCUGAGACCGAAGUGGACAUCAUCAGCAUCCAGCAGGUGGAGAACCUCCUCCACUGGGACAAGUACCAAAGGCACAAGGCGCACAUGCAGAAGCAUCAGGUGUCUACGGAGCCUCUGGAAAGACAUCUGUUCCACGGGACCAACAAAAAGGCCUCGGAGCAAAUCUGCCGCACCAACUUCGACCCUCGCAUAGCCGGGCUAAAUGGGACGUCCUGCGGUUUCGGAUCCUACUUCUCCAUCUCCGCCUCCUACUCCAACACCUACUCAGCCAUAGCGCGGCCCAACGGGGUCCACCACAUGUUCCUGGUCAAAGUGCUGGUGGGGAACGUGACUCAGGGAAUGCCCAACUACCGCCGGCCGCCGCCAAUCAAGUCCAAGAAGAGGCCGAUCGGUCUCUACGACACCUGCGUGGACGACGAGGAAAACCCCACCAUGUUUGUCGUUUUUGACAGCUGUCAGUGCUACCCAUACUACCUCAUCAAGUACAAAGAUCUGCCCAAAGAGAUUGCAAUUUGACUCCUUAAGAGCAGAAGAGUUUGUUGAUCGUUCAGACAUUAACAGUGUUA